CAACUUGUUCAACUUAGUUUCCCAGUUAAUGAUCAAAAGGAUUUAAUAAUUGUGUUCAAAUUAAAGGUGAUCAUUUUAGAUGAACCAACAAGUGGAAUGGAUCCAUAUGCACGACGACUCAUAUGGUCCUUGUUGAAAGAGAAGUGUAAAAACCGAGUGGUUCUCCUUACAACACAUUUUAUGGACGAGGCUGACAUUUUAGCAGAUUACAAGGUUAUUUUAUCCAAAGGAAGAGUGCGCUGUUCAGGAAGCUCGCUUUUUCUCAAGAAUCGCUUCGGAAUUGGAUAUCAUUUGAAUAUGGCUCUAGCAGAGAAUUGUGACACUCAGCCAUUAAUUGAGCUUGUUCAAAGCAAAGUGGAAGGUGCAGAAGCUAUCCGUCACCAUGGCAAAGAAAUGGCAUUUUCCCUUCCUGUGGAAAAAGUAUCAUGUUUUCCAGAUCUACUCAAGGCACUUGAGGACAACAAUGACAGUUCAGAAGGCUGUGCCGCCCCCUUAUUAGGCGUGACAAGUUAUGGUGUUUCCAUGACAACUCUAGAAGAAGUAUUUCUUCAACUAGAGGGCACCUCUGAAGAGAGUAAAAUAUCAACAGAUGAUGCACGAGAAACAUUUGAACAAAGUGAUGCAAAUCUGUUGGCACCUUCAGAUGCCAUGAACAUUGAAGACAGAGGCUGUAGAAUUUCUGGGUUUGUUGAUGCCCCAAAUAACACAGGGGUGGAACUGAAUAAUCCAGAACUGAUGGCUGAUUCACAGAAACCAGUCUGGAAGGCAAAACAACAAGUCUUAGGAUUAAUGCGGAUUCACUGGUUAAUGUUAAUCCGUUCACCAGCCACAUCACUUUUCAAAAUUAUUAUUCUGCUAUUUUUGAUAUUUGUUGGUCUUUCACUUUUACGUGUAGCCAAGAAUGACAGCCAAUCAGCAAUUGGUUUGAAACUGACACCUAAGAUGUAUCUGAAACCUGGAAGUAAAAAGGGUUAUGCCUCCUUUGCUCUUCUCCAGAACUCAACCAAAGAGGCCAUGGACCAUGUUAUGAAAUACCUGAGUGAUUAUAGUGUUGGCACCUUGUUGGUGUCCUCUAUGAGUAGCAUAUUGAGCAACUCAUCAAGUGAUCUGUACAAUCUGGGAUUUGACAUUCUCAAGUUUCCUACAGACAAUUUGUCGUCGUCCAGCGAUCUUUCAUCAAGCUUUGAGAUGCGAUACAACGACACAGCUGUACAUAGUGUACCUGUUGGCAUCAACAUAUUGGGAUCUAUCUUGCACAUGAGUGCUCUAAAAAAACAAAAAAAAGCACCUUAUCCACUGGAGUCAACCAUUCUUGCCUUCCCUGACGUAAAACCUCAGUGGACUUUCAACAUUGUAGUACUUUCGUCAUUCUUUCUCAUUGGAAAAGCUUUCGGCACUAUUCUAGGUGACCUUGGAGUUCUGAUUGUAGCAGAACGGCAGAUGAAGAUGCGCCAUUUACUGAGGGUGUCUGGAGUAUCAUCCUUUGUGUAUUGGCUGGAGCGUCUUAUCUCUGAUGGCAUUGUAGCAUCGAUUCCAGUGAUACUGUUGUUGACACUUAUACCAGUCUUACAGCCGCCCUCACUGUCUCCUCUCCCUGCUAUGGGCUGUGUAAUGAUUGCAACCCUUCUGUACAUACCUGCUGGGAUAUUGUUUUCGUAUCUCAUGUCCUUUAUGUGCAAUUCAAGGGAUUCCUCCAAGCAAGUUUUGCCAAGUGUGUUCGACCUUACCGGAAUAAUUCCAUACUUGACUGUAUCUUUGGUGGAUACGCUUGUAAGCCGAGAUACUGCCAUUGUUCUUCAUUACGUGUUUGUAUUCCUGUUGCCUCCAUAUCAAGUAUUUGGAGCUUUGUAUUACAUUGACAGUGUGUACAGGUAUGAGUCCAUUAUAGCAGCAUUUAGAGCUGGUGGUCAAUCUGUUGACGUAGAAGUCACUGCAAGCAACUACUUCAAGUGGACCAAAUACAAUGGCAUCCCAGCCGCAUUGAUUGCUCCUGUUUUUCAUACCAUUCUGUUUUCUGUGCUGAUCUAUUUCUUGGACCAACAUAAAACUGGUGGUGCUGUGAGUUGCAAGUGUUCCAAAAGCAUGAAUGACAAGAACAACGCACAUGUAGACAGAAGUUUCAGUUACAUGCGACUGGAAAGUGAGGAAUCAAUGGAUCCAACCAAUGAGGAUGUUAGGAGGGAAAAAGAAAAAGUCUCAAACAUGGUUUCCAUAGAAGACUCCACCUUUUCUGCAAUAGUAAAGGGACUAUGGAAGAGAUUUGGCUCAGGAAAGAAGGCUAAAACAGUUGUCAAAGAUCUGUACUUUGGUGUUGAGCAAGGAGAAGUUUUUGGACUUCUUGGUCCAAAUGGAGCCGGCAAGACAACCUCCCUUAACAUGGUUACAGGAGACAUUCCACCAACAAGAGGAAAGGUCUAUGUAGCAGGUUAUGAUGUCAGAAAACAGUCUCAUGAGGCAUUUCAACACAUGGGAUUUUGCCCACAGGAAGAUGUACUCUUGCCAAAAAUAACAUUGCAAGAGCACCUUGAGGCUUUUGCCAGGAUGCGUGGCAAGCCAAGGGGGGAGGUCAAACGGGUAGUUAAGCACUAUUUGUCUGCUUUAGGGAUUACUGAACAUGCUAAGAAGAGAACUCAAUAUCUUUCAGGAGCAACAAAACGAAAGGCCAGUUUUGCCAUAGCAAUGCUGGGGGAUCCACAGCUGUUGCUGCUUGAUGAGCCUUCCAAAGGCGUGGACCCUUCUGCCAGACGUUGCUUAUGGAACACCAUCAGCAGUAAUGUCCACAGAAAGAGAGGGGCUGUUCUAACAACACAUUCCAUGGAGGAGGCUGAUGCUUUGUGUUCACGAGUUGGAAUCAUGGUGAAAGGCCAACUCAAGUGUCUUGGUUCAACACAACAUUUAAAGAGUACUUAUGGCAGUGGUUACACCUUGGAAUUAAAACUGAAGAAAACCCACACCUCAGGUCCAUGCCCAGAAGGUUCAAUGGAGCAGUUACACAACUAUGUCAUUGAGCUGCUUCCAGGUGCAACCCAGUCUGAAGUGUUUGGUGGAAGACUGAUAUACAAGGUCCCAAAGGAAGGUGUUGGGGCACUAUCAGUCAUCUUUACUAAGCUUGAAAAAGCUAAGGAAGAAAUUGGGAUAGAGGAGUACAGUUUCAGUCAGUCUACACUGGAACAGGUUUUUCUGGAGUUCACAAAAGAACAAGAUGAUGACAGGACUGGAGCUGAACAUAACAGAGAAGAGAAUGUACAAAAUGGUGGAUCUCACCCAGCAGUGUAACCUGAGUGUCAUGCAUAGGACCUGGGUCACAAGUAGAGCCUUUUUACAGAGCUUCCCUUGGUAUUCCAAGUUUGCAGUUUUUAAUUCAAGU